AUGGCGCGGCCACUGAGCGCCCGCGGCCGCCGCGCGGCACCACGGGAGGCGCCGCCGCCGCCAUCUUGCUUAAGGGAGGCGGGCGGGCAGCCGCCGCUUCACGAAGGAGACAGCGGGGAGAUAGCGGGCAGUGAGGGCGCUUGGCUCGGUGACACCGGCUUUAGUGCCGGGGCGAUCCAGAGGGAUGCUUUUCCUAAGCGGAGCUCUGUGUGCUUCGGGGAGGGCCAAAAGCCGGGUUCUCCUUCCCGCCUGUGGCUUCUCCUGCGAGAAUGGGAAUCUUUGGCGGUGUCACGGCGAUGGCGAGAAUCGAACCCGCGGCCCCGCGACUCGGCCGCUCGUCCGCUUCGCACAGCGCCCCCCGCAGGCCGCGGCGGGCACAGCGCCCGCUGCCCGCGCUGCAGAACUAAUCCUUCCCUCGUAAAUUUUGUUGGGUUGGAGCGCCUCGGGAUGGAUACCAGGAUCAUGUCCUUCUCGGGCCGUGUUCUUCCUUACACCGUGUGCUCGCACCUUUCGAGGGUACGAGAGGUUCCACCCCCCCGACACGGACACACACGCACACUCACCCACGCACCUUUGGGAUAUCGGCAGGUAGACGCUGCUGUGCGAAGCUCUUGAACGUGUUUUCUCAGCUUGUGCGUGGAUUGUUUUCUGCCAUAUUAGGCCUGCAAAUGUGUGUUGGAAUGUCUGUAUUGGCCUCUAUAUUUUCCUAUACUGUUUAUAGGAAAAUCACUGCCGUAAAGCACGGGUGAGAAAUGUGAAUGUAAGUGUCAUUGUGUCUCUUUCCUCUUUUAAGUUUUUGAUCCUUCUUAUGUCCCCUGCUUCACAUGACUGCUGCAAGGGAGCCCUGGAGAAGUGACUGGAACAUGUAGAACUCACCCUCAGUCCUGGAUACUGCACCCGGAGCUGCAGCCAGCACCACUGCUGUAAAUCUGAGUCCAAAACACGCUGCCAGGUGCCACCUGAAAGGGACCACUGCCCAGCCCUUGUCCCCUGCUCAGCCAUCAGAAUCACUCAGUAGGUACCAUGAGGCUGGGAUUCCUUGUCACUUGGCCUUUUCCCAAGGCUGAACGUCAGUGUGACUGAGUGAGCACCUGGGGAACUGCUGAGACUCAUUUCAGAAAAAAACCUGCAGGGUUGUGCUUUGUUAAGGACUGUGCUGCUGGAGGUGGGGUGUCUCAGCACAGCAGUUCCUCAGUCUGGCACCUGUGAUAACCAGCUCUCAGACAGGCUGCUGGAUUCUGCAAGUAGAGAGACACAUCAGUUAUGUGCUUCUACAGAGCAAGGGCUGGAGUGUUUAUGUCCCAUAAUACUAUUUUUCAUGGACAAUUAUUACUUUUUUAAAAUUUUUCUUUUCAAUUGAUGAAGUUUUGGACACAUAUUUUAGUAUUUCUUGGCAUUGCUAGGGUUAAUUAAUAGUCUCUCUCUCUCUCUCUCUUUUUUUCUUUUUUUUUCUUUUUUUUUUCUUUUUUUUUUUUUUCUUUUUGAGCCCAGAGCCAAAAACUCUGCAGCACUGUUAAAUUCAAUGAAGUCCUAAGCACUGAGAGGUCUAAAAUUCCUUUGACAAAUAAUGGUGUGCAAGAAACAUUAAAAAAAAAAAUUAACUAAUAUUACCCAGUAAAAUAUAUAAAUAAUUAAGGGUCUUAAACAUACAACCAAUACAAAUGUCUUCCUAACAAUCUCAAAGGGUGUAGCAGUGACUGGAAGACUCAGGACAUACAUUCCAGUUCUGGCUGUGGCUGCUAAUUGCAGGCCACCUUCAGAACUAAAGUAUUUAUUAAAUAUUUAAAAUUCAGGGUGAUAUUAAAGCAAAUUCUUACAUUUAAAACAAACAAACAACAAAAGAUAAUAUACAUAAUACAGAACUAAUGCCAGUAGAAAAUGAAAUGGAGUAAGCAUUCCUAUAUGUACAGAACCUAUUAAAAAAUGAUGUGUUCACACUGACAUGCAUGUAGAACUUGUAGUCCUCUUGUAAUCUGCCAGAACCAUUUCUCAACAUUAAAAGUAUUUCAG